GUCAGAGUGCCGUGGGUGCCGCUCCCGUGAGGUAGUGCCACUGGUGAUAGUGUGAGGUGGUGCCACUGGUGACAGUGUGAGGUGGUGCCACUAGCAAUAGUUUCGGUGUUCGUGGGAAAGUGCCACUGACAAUAUCGCGAAGAGAUACCACGAGCUCUAAUUACAAAACUCGCGCAAGUAGGUGCCACUGACGAUUGCGCUAGAUGUCGGCACUAACAGCUUAGUGUGGCACUGACAAUACCGCGAGGUACCAUUGAUAAUAGCGCGAGAUGUUGGUACUAAUAGCUUAGUGUGGCACUGACGAUACCGCGAGGUGCCACUGACGAUAGUGCGAGUGGGUGUCACUAAAGAUAGUGCCGAUGAACAAGCAGGCUCAAUGAGAGCCACUAGUGAUUACCGCUGAGCGUUUUUCAGUGAUUCAACACAUCAGUUUUGUUACGUGUGAUUUACAUGUCCAGUGAAGUCUGUGAUGUAAGUUCGAUCGAUGUUUAACGCAAGCUGGAAGUGCGUGGUGAUAUAACGCAAGCUGGAAGUGCGUGGUGAUAUAACGCAAGCUGGAAGUGUGUGGUGAUAUAACGCAAGCUGGAAGUGUGUGGUGAUAUAACCCAAGCUGGAAGUGUGUGGUGAUAUAACGCAAGCUGGAAGUGUGUGGUGAUAUAAUCCAAGCUGGAAGUGUGUGGUGAUAUAACCCAAGCUGGAAGUGCGUGGUGAUAUAACCCAAGCUGGAAGUGCGUGGUGAUAUAACCCAAGCUGGAAGUGUGUGGUGAUAUAACCCAAGCUGGAAGUGUGUGGUGAUAUAACGCAAGCUGGAAGUGUGUGGUGACAGAAAGCAGUUUCAGUACAGCAAACCCACAUAACAAGAAAGAUGCAAGGAGAAAUGCGAGACGAAAUAGAAUGGAGGAGAAAUAUAUGGAGAGAAUAACAAAGAAACUUAGUGACAAGUCAAGACAGAAGGAAAAUGAAAGACAGGAUCGUGAACUUUCAUUAUUACAGGCGAACUGGAGGAUUGUAAACCUGAAAGAAGGAUAACUAAACUCGAUGGAAAGGGAGAAGUGACGAUGAUGGAGGUGGGUGUCUGGGAGGACCUGACGAUGAGAGGUAAAGAGAACAUCAGCAGCCGUAAGAACAAUGCGCACUUUAAGAAGUAUACAUCAGUGAAGGAAUGUCACAAGAGAACAGAAGAGUUGCGAGAGAUCAAUCUCAUGUUAUUCAGUGAAAACGAUUUGCCAGUUCAAAAGAGGGAAACGUUGAUUGAAGGAAGCGUGCACAGUAAGACGGGAUUAAAAGAUACGCCGCACAUGCAGAUACUCUUUGAGAAAGGAUGUCGAUUCGAAGGAAAAGUUGCUGAAUUUGAACAUAGUCUUGACGAAGUCCUUGAAGACCUUGUGGUAGGUACGUCAGCAGGGAUUGGCAUGGAAGAGCGAUGUCCUGCCGCUGGUCUGAGCUACUGCCAGAGGUGUGAGAGAGGACCCAAGUGCUGUGUUGGCCUAGAAAAUCAAAACUUGAGUGAUAAGCAGAGGGGAUCGAAGUCCCUCGGCUCUACAGCUGCUGCCUGCGAGGAUAAUGGGAUUGAUACAUUCUGCCAUCUGGAGGACAGUGAUGGCAUUGUCUCCCUCCACCGUUGGAAGAGCAAUGAUGACCUCCGAUGCCGAAAGGAGAGGAAUGUCAGUGACAUCCUCCACCGCCGGGAGAACAGUGACGACACGAGUGCUGUUAGUUAUUAUUUAGACCAGAAGAGCUGCCAGGAGAACACAGCGGUCCACUAUGACUUCUUCGUAGAUGACGAUGAAGACGCUGGUGAAUACCGUGAUUUAAGGUACUGCGAUGAAAAUGGUGAUACUGAUAACUGUGAGCGUGAAGAUGGAGACAGCGAUGACUAUGAGGGCGAAGAUAGUGAGAAUUUUGGUGAAAACCUUCAGAAAGAAUAUGGUUUUGAUGAUGAGGAAGAAUAUAGCGUAGAUGAUGAUGAUGAUGAUGACAGCGAGGAGGUGGCAGAGAUUUGCAACAAGGCUGUGGUCGCAACACCACUACGACGGAUUCAUAGAGACAGUUUCUCUCGUUAUCAGGAACCGCUGGAGGUCAUCCUCGAAAUCUUAGGAGAAGAAGGUGAUACCGAGGACACGGUCAUCCUCGACGGCACGGAACACACGCAUACUGACACAGAGAAAAACACAGAGGAUGAUCUAAUAACGUUUUCUAGCAGUGGAGAGUACAGUCCCGAUAGCUUAGAGGAAUACUGUUCACGGAAGAACAAGUGCAGCGUAGAACUGUCUAGUCAAGCUUCCACCUACGAGAAUUAUCUUUUAAGGCAGGAUUUAACGCAUGAUUCAGUGAUGCAGCAACAGGAUUACACCGAGAGUAAAAGCAACCGAAUUUCUUCCUGUGGGGCAACAACAGUCGCUGGUGUUGAGAACCUGAGAACAGACAUUGUCCAGCAGCCUCCAGUAACCAGCCAGAGGACCGAUCCCUCCUCGGCACGUACAAAUGAACCCGGACUGUCAGGUUUCAGAAGCAAGGCGGAGGAGUCAGACAGAGACAAGUUGAAGAGCCUCACCUCCGAGAUUGAGGCCUACCUGAAAGAGACAAAGAUGCUGUUGGAGAGUGCCACGAGUUACACAUCUAGAGCGGCACUCAGAACCACCAAGACCCCAGCAGAGAAGCCCAUCGACGAACCAAACAAGAAAAUGUCCCGACAAAAGUCCAAAGAUGAAGUGGACAAUAAUGCUUCAAAUGAAAAUAUAAUUUCGACGAAAGUUUUGGAUUCCCAACUGAGAGAGUUGCAGAGCGUCACUAGUCAGUCCUACAUCAAGUCUCAAGCUAGUCAACCACCAGGUAUCCACGCUGCCACACAGAUGACACCACUUGUACCACGAAAACUAUCGCUCAAAGAAAUGAAAGUCGUAAUAGUUUCACCCGAGACAAGAUCAGUUAAAAAUAUGGCAGCUUUCCCGACGUCUUUUCAUCCUAAUUUAGAACACAGUAACAAACCUGUGCCCUAUUUCCACACCGAGGUGAAAUCUGAAGAACAGGUGAAAAGCCUUGAAUCUGUGAAGAACACUCACAGUGUAUGUUUGUCAGAUGUAAAGGACACCAGAAGAGACUCAAUUACUCCUGAAGAGAAGACACAAAACUCUAAACAGCAUGAAAAUGACAAAAGUGACUCUGGAGCAAGGAAGACCAGCGAAUAUUUACCAGCUUUGGAAGCCCCUGCUAAAUCCACGGAAGCCAUAAACUGUGAGGAUCAUCCCAAGAAAAUUAAGCAAGGCAAGGAGACAAGCAUCGUCUGCGGAGUUAGUCAGAACAACAGCUGUAAAUUCAAUAGUUUAGCGAACUUCAGAAAGGACUGGUGCGCUGUCUUCAAGGAAUUGGAAGACAGUUUUGAUGCCGUUAUAAAGAACGAUAACACAGGUGUUAUACUCGAUAAUCACUCAGGCGAUAUAGGAAAGAGUCACUUGGGUGUUAUCAAGAGCGCUCUUCCUGGGGUUAUCAAAACCGAUAAGAAAGUUUUUACCAAAGACGAUAUCCCUGAAGUUAUCAAGAACAUCAACGAAAGAAUUAUCCGGGUCGAUCAUCAAGUCAUUACCAAGGUCGAUUAUGCAAGUAUUAUCAAGAAGGAAAACUCAGUCAUUAAGAAGGAUGGCCAAUCUAGACCUCUCAGAGAUGAGCACUCAGGUGUUAAAAAUACCUGUGACCAAAGUAUUGUCAUGAACAAUCACCCAGGUGUUACAAAAGAUCACCCUGAUGUUGUCAAGAGCAGUGUCACAGGAGUCAGCAAGAGUAUACAGUUAUGCUCUGCAUCCAAUUUGGACAACGAACUGAAGGAAAGUUAUCGGAGUGUUCAGUCUAUUGGCGAAGCAACUACGGAGAUUAAGUCUCGGGGCGUUCAAUCCGAUAUUAAAAAUUCUGAAACAGAGGUCACGAAUAGGAGUGUACAGUCCAUUGAUAAAACAACUUUUGGAACCAGUUCGCCGGGUGAUCAAGCUAGCGCUAAAAAAUCUGAAAUAGUCACAAACUCCUCUACAUCUGAGGCUUCAGACAUCGUUGAAAAUCCUUUACGACAAAGGCCCCUCAGUAGAUGCGAGUCUCCUCCUCCGACGGUGAACUGCCUGGACAACCUUGAAAAACUUUAUAUCCGUCUGAGCCUAGAGCAAAAUCAGUUUUCUUCGCUAUUUGAAUCCGAGGGACAGUCGCUAACAGGAAAAGAGCAAAAUGUAUCUAGCUCUCAGAAAGAUGAUGGAAAAGUAAUACGUGAAGAGGACAAAUCAAAGUUUGUAAAGUCUAUUUUGCAUGAUCCUGACGAACGGAAUGAGGUGAAUAAUGAAAACAAAACACAUCUAAUGAUGGGUAUUCAACACCUGCAGAAGAACGUUGCUAAGACUGAUAAACAAAAAGACCUGACGCCGACUGCAAUAGAUUGCAAGCAACAAGACCUCCCUCUACUUGAGUUAGCCUGUGCAAAGGAAUCAAUGAGAGAAAACGUCCAUUGCUCAAACACUAAAGAAAACGUAAGGAGUAACUUCGUAAAUCGAGAUGUGUCACAUGAAUCAUCGAAGGCAAAAUAUAUUGGGGAAAAAAUUGACGAAAUAUUUAGUAGCGUUGAAAGUGACGCUUCUGUAGGCAUAUUCUCUAAUGUAACUGGAAUACUAAGGCCAACUAAAGCUAAAUCACAUAAUUUAACUACCGAAGCACAGGAGAUCGAUGAGAAAAAAGAUAUUUCACUCUUAGAAAAGAAAGACAUUCAGGCAGAACUGAGCAGCAUUCUAGGUGGCUUAGAUGAGAUGUAUGAGAAACACUUGAAAAAACACCCAGAUAUAAAGGCGCAUGAGACAAAAAAUGUAAAGUCCUGUAAAUUUUCCUUUGUCGACUGUAACAGAGCAAGGAAACUAGCGAAGCAGGAAAAUGACGUCCAUGACAAAACGUCACCGCCUCGACUAAUAGGGGAGAGAAAAAAUAUCAAAGGUACCAGUGAAAACGCGGCCUUCCAGGAUAUUAUCAACAUCUCUGAAGACCUGAAGCAUCUCUGCCUGUUCCACGUCAACAGACCUACAUCAAGGAGAUCGUCUGGACGCCUGACAGACACCACUACAGACAACGGAGUACCCGAAGACGACUUACCACAGUUCUACGACAGCCUCCGUUCACCUCCUGAAGCAACCAUUAAGAAAUCAGUAAGCGACAAAACCAGCAAUAUACUGGUGGACAGGACCUCAGGAAGACCCAUCUCGGGAAUCCUGCAAGGACAGGAAAUGCAAAGAGGAAACUUGAGUUUUCGUGAAAGCACAAGCUCCAGCAGAGGAGAGGAGCUACCUGAAGAAGCUGAACAACCUGUAGCGCACUUCCUGACUCAGCUUCGUCAGGAGAAUCUGAGGUGUUACGAAGUGACACUCAUGUGUCUAGUGAAACUUGUCGCCAUGACCCAGGUGGACUUGGGAAGUAACCUGAAGGGGUCACUACACAACAGCGCAGAAACUCUCACUCCCUCCGACUCAAAGAACAUGUCGGCGCUACAGCUGGUGGCGGAGGGUCGGGACUACCUCAUGUGGUGUCCAGACCAGGAGUUCGACAACGCUGUAGCAGCGCUUGAUAUACGGGGAUUGGUGGAGCUGGUGCAGACACUGCAAGAUGCAAUGGCUGUGGAGCAGCAGACUUUCGACAGCCUGUCCCAGCAGCUGGAGCUUGUGGCUGACCCUCUGCAGCAGCAGAGACUCUCAGCUGCUCUUUGCACCUCACAGACUCGUCUUGCAAGACUCUGCUCCAGAAAUAUGAGAUGCUUCAGACAGGUAAGUGAUCAUGAAUCUUUUUCUUAUUGGCGGUUGGAGGGCAGAAUGUUCAGAAACAGGGUAAGAAAGAAAGGCUCUACAUGCUGAGGAAACCAUCUGAGGGGUCAUAAAAGGCCUAGGAGAAUAGAAGGCAAUCAGGAUCGAUCCAAGGAAGUGGAGGACCAGCCCGUUUUCUAGGAUCAAGUGCCCGUCAUCAAGGCACCCCUCUUUGAAGAGAUUGCUUCCAUCAUCAAACCGAAUAUUAACUCACCAAAAGAAAAGGAAUAUUUGCACAAAUGGACCUCAAUGAAAAAAAGUCACUUUGCUAUGUAUGAUAAUUUAUGUAACUAUGUGUACGUGUACCUGAAUAAACUGACUUACACAUAGGGAAGGAUCACCUAUUUUAACCAGUCAAGUCAA